CUGGCCGCCAUUUUACUUGGUCCGGGGACACUUUCAAGAAGACAGGACACACUAACAAGACAACUUGGCUUACGGUAGUUACAUGAGCCUGUUUGUAGAACAGCUGAACAUUUUGCUCAAGCAUUGAAGUUUAAAACUUGGCCUUGGUGUUGUUCAGUGUGACGCUGGGAAGGUUGGAAACAAAAAGGAUGGCAGAACAAGGAAGAGAAGAUGUGCCUAGGGCAGGGCAGGGUGCAGAAUUACAACUACAGCCUAUGCAACCACCUGUUCUACAACCACCUGCUGAACAACCACAACCAGUACAACCACCUGUAGCACAACCUCCUGUUCCAGUAUUGGAGCUACAGUGGGGCAGGGCUGUCCUCAGAAUCUACAAUGAACGCUUGGCAAUGGGGGUUGGGGUUGCGGCUGGCAUUGGAAUUGGCAUUGCAGCCUUCUACUUUGGCAACCCAGAUCCUGCACUGCAGGCGAUCCGCCGGGCUAUCGAGCGGAGAAACCCUGACAACCCCGACCAGCCAGCCGACCCACAUGUGGGGGAGGGGGCACAGGAAGGCUCCCUCCUGGUUCCUGUCUACUUCUACUCCCAGCUGGGCUACCAAUACUUCACCACCAUCCUGAACGGCCCCUUCCUCAAGGCCUGCCUACAGACAGAGCUGGAGAAGAUCGGCUAUAAGGAGCCCAUCGACGUGAGCGUGGAGAAGUGGGAGCUACCAAACCUGCCGGAGGGGGGAGCAGGGCUGCUGAUGGGGAUGAUGGGGGAGGAGAGAGUUCAGGGCUGGCUGGCAGAGUUACCUGACAAGGUCAGCACAGCAGCAGGGGAUUCUGGGAUACCUGAGGAUGUCUCCUCUGUAGCAGGUGUCUCGACUGUUGCAUCAUGGGAGGAUGUAGAGGAGGAGGCUGGACCAUCACAGGCUAAACGUGCCAGACUUCAGCAGCAGCCUCCAGCACAGGUCACUUCACAGCAGGCUGAAGUACAGGAGGGCCCACUGAAGGGGCUGAGAGCCGGGCUACUGCAGCACAAGGACUCACCAACUGCACAGACACAGCUCAAGGCCUUCAGCUGCCUGGAGAGGGGGGCGGCCAUGCUGACCAGCGGGGGGUACCAGGAGGGGGAGGGGGUGGAGCACCUGCUGGAGGGGUUCAUACUGAUGGAGGGGGUGUCACCUAAUGAUGUUAAUACAUUCCUGUAUCACCAGUCCUGUCUGCGCCUGGACAGACCCAAGUUAAAUCAGCUCAUUUCCACACAGCUCCAGGCUAACCCUGACAGCUCCCCCUGUCUGCUCAUACAGGCACUGCAGCUUCCCUAUGGACACAGCCGACUGCAGGCCAUAAACCAUGUGAUCGACGUUGUUCUACAGCAUGGAGAAACAGACCCCAUGUACAAACAUCUGGCUUACAUGUACUGUGCUUUAGGAUAUACAAUAUGGGAGACCACCAGACAACCUGCCCUAGCCCUAUCUGCUUGUGCCAGUGCCCUUAUGCACAAAUCUGACCACCUGCGAACCCUGUUCUUCAUAGCAUGGUGUUCCAUGGGUGUGUCUGUCCCACAGGCCAUCAGGCAGUUUCACCACUACAUCCACACAGCUCCUACAGACCAUCACUGGGUGCCCCAUGCUCAUUACUACCUGGUUAUCCUGUACGGCCGGCAGGACCCAUCUGUCCACAGGGACAGAAUCCUGCACCACUACAACAUGGCCCAGCAGACUGACAGGAACAGGCUGCCUGGGUUUGCACCAGUCCCCAGUGUGGAAACAGACCCAGCCAGGAGGGUGUACGAACAAGUCAUGGCACAGCCUCACUAGUGACAAUUCAACACAAUACAAAUACAUGUAUCAAGACUUGGUGAUAAUCUUACCU